CAGUAAACGUGUAUGUGUUGUCUUCAGCGUGGCAGCGUGCGGGUGGACUCAGUGGAGGACUUCGCCUACGGAUCGGAGAUCCUCAUCAACACGAUGGACAAGGUGUGUAACGUCGCGGCAGUAAUCGAUUACUCUGCGUGCAGUAAUCGGUUACUCUGCGUGCAGGGGCGGCUGCAGGGUGACAUGUCCUACAGCCUGCUGUGGUACAACUGUGAACACUACGUCAUGUACUGCCGCUACGGCACGGUCGCCAGCUUCCAGACCUUCCAGUUCUGUAAGACAGCGAGGAAGCUGUUGCUGAGUCGGCGUGUUGCCAAGGCGACAGCGGCGCUCUGCGCGUGCCUGCUCCUGUUCCUCGACGCCGUGACCGCGUGCAACGCCACGCUCGCCGUUCUGCUGCCUUUUCUCAUCUGGAUGGCCGCAUAAAAACCACUUAAAACACCGGGAGAAAUGCAAAUUAAGUUCUCUUUGGAGGUCUGCUGUCUAAAACAUGCGAAUAAUAUGUAAAAAUGAGGCUAAUAAAGAUUGUAUUUUUGAGUUUU